GGACAUCACUUGUCUGAUGAACUGAAACUCCCCGGGAGAGACCGAGGGAGGAAGAUGGCGGCCACUGACCGUUCCCGGUCCGAAGCGGCAAAGCAGCGGCGGCAGGAUCAGCUGCAGCGGUGGCAGGGCUCGGAGACGGACCGGACCGGGGCGGAGGCGAGGAGCCAGUCCUCCGCUCCCGGAAACCGACGGGCCCGAGUGCGCUUCGCCCAGGGCGCCGUGUUCAUGGCCGCCUGCUCCGCCGGGGACCGGGAGGAGGUGGCGGAGCUCCUGCGACAGGGAGCAGAUAUCAACCACGCCAAUAUAGACGGGCUGACGGCGCUGCAUCAGGCCUGUAUUGAUGAAAAUGCAGAUAUGGUUGAGUUUCUGGUGGAGAGCGGCAGUGACGUGAACAGAGGAGACAAUGAAGGCUGGAGGCCCCUCCACGCCGCGGCCUCCUGCGGCUUCAUCCAGAUCGCAAAGUACUUGAUCGAACACGGCGCUCAUGUAGGUGCGGUGAACAGCGAGGGAGAACUUCCUCUGGACGUCGCUACGGAGGACGUCAUGGGGAGACUGCUUAAAGCAGAGAUCAAAAAACAGGGUAUUGAUGUGGAUCAGGCCAGGAGAGAGGAAGAGAGAGUGAUGCUCCAGGAUGCGAUGGCUGUGUUGGCAGGAAGUGGCUCUCUGGCCCCUCAUCCGAACACUCAGGCCACAGCGCUGCAUGUCGCUGCUGCUAAAGGAUACAUUGAGGUCUUAAAGGUGCUGUUGAAGUGUGGGAUAGAUGUGGACAGUCGAGACAGUGAUGGCUGGACGGCUUUUCACGCUGCGGCUCACUGGGGACAGGAAGAGGCCUGCAUUCUGCUGGCUGAACACAUGUGUGACAUGAGCAUCAUCAGUAACGUGAUGCGUUUAGAGAAACAGAAGAUCCAGACACCCGUCAUCGAGACCAGCCCACCUGUUUCCAUGGCACCAGCUCGCCCUCGCAGGACGUCCAUCUCUCGUAUGAGCAGUAAAGAGAAGAUCACCCUGCAUGAGCGAGAGAAACAUGCUCCGCCCACACUCCAGACUCCGCCCACAGAAGAAGACGAAGACGAGUCGACACGCACAGCAGGCCAAUCCAAACCCUCCAGCAGCUCCAGUUCAGAGGAAGAGAGCGAAUCAGAGAGUGACGCCGAGUCAGAAAAAGCAAAAACUCGAGAAAUGAUUAACAACUUGAACAACAAACGCAAUGCAGCGCCCGCCGCGAGUUCUGUGACCAGCACUGCCCUUAACCAGGUUAAAAAGGCUGAACCCGUCCGGACCCCGGUGACAGAGGCUCCAGGUUCCUGGAGAACGUCUUUGCGUAAAGCAGGCAGUUCUGUGACGUUGGGCUCUGCUGGGGCCUCUGAUCCAGCCAGCGAGGCCCUCAAGGACCCCGAGACUACACUGGGAAUGACACGCUCUGCAUCUAGUCCCAGACUGAGCUCUGAGUCUGACAGUAAGGAGCCCAGGUUGGCCCGUGUUCAGCCCACUCCGUCCAGACGCCUGUUCAGCAUCUCCGACACCAGCACCAACCCUGAACACUCCAGCAGCUUGUUGAGCCGGAGCUCUUCUUACACGCGCCGAUUGAACAGCCAGACCGGCGGUGAAGUGUCGGCUCAGAACCCCUCGUUACCUCGCAGCUCAUCUUAUGGAAGAAAACUUGACGACCCUUCAGUGACCUCUGUAACCACAGCAACCUCUGGACUGAGUCGCCUCAAUAAUCUGGUGGCUCAGAGGUCGGCUCAGGAAGAGGCCGAAAAGAAGCCCGUCUCGAAUUCUAUGCGUUUAGAGAAACAGAAAAUCCAGACACCCGUCAUUGAGACCAGCCCACCUGUUUCCAUGGCACCAGCUCGCCCUCGCAGGACGUCCAUCUCUCGUAUGAGCAGUAAAGAGAAGAUCACCCUGCAUGAGCGAGAGAAACAUGCUCCGCCCACACUCCAGACUCCGCCCACAGAAGAAGACGAAGACGAGUCGACGCGCACAGCAGGCCAAUCCAAACCCUCCAGCAGCUCCAGUUCAGAGGAAGAGAGCGAAUCAGAGAGUGACGCCGAGUCAGAAAAAGCAAAAACUCGAGAAAUGAUUAACAACUUGAACAACAAACGCAAUGCAGCGCCCGCCGCGAGUUCUGUGACCAGCACUGCCCUUAACCAGGUUAAAAAGGCUGAACCCGUCCGGACCCCGGUGACAGAGGCUCCAGGUUCCUGGAGAACGUCUUUGCGUAAAGCAGGCAGUUCUGUGACGUUGGGCUCUGCUGGGGCCUCUGAUCCAGCCAGCGAGGCCCUCAAGGACCCCGAGACUACACUGGGAAUGACACGCUCUGCAUCUAGUCCCAGACUGAGCUCUGAGUCUGACAGUAAGGAGCCCAGGUUGGCCCGUGUUCAGCCCACUCCGUCCAGACGCCUGUUCAGCAUCUCCGACACCAGCACCAACCCUGAACACUCCAGCAGCUUGUUGAGCCGGAGCUCUUCUUACACGCGCCGAUUGAACAGCCAGACCGGCGGUGAAGUGUCGGCUCAGAACCCCUCGUUACCUCGCAGCUCAUCUUAUGGAAGAAAACUUGACGACCCUUCAGUGACCUCUGUAACCACAGCAACCUCUGGACUGAGUCGCCUCAAUAAUCUGGUGGCUCAGAGGUCGGCUCAGGAAGAGGCCGAAAAGAAGCCCGUCUCGAAUUCUGUAACCACGACAACCACAUUAGGCGAGCCAGAGACCAAACAGAGACGCAAUAUGUCAAGUUUAGCAGAGAAUCGCAUGCAGAAGGCUCAUCCACUCCUGACAGGAAAAUGUAUACCUGAACUGAGCUGGCGGUCUCGUAUCGCUAACCUGCAGAAGUCAGAUUUGCUGGGACUCACGCACCCUCCUGGUGCUCCACGUCCUGACAGACAGGAUGCAGACAGUGAGGAGCGAGCGAGGGAGCGCAGGAGAGCCAGAGCUCGGAGGAGAGGGAAAACUGGAGAGAGUGAUGACAACGACCCCAGUGGAGAGGAGAGUAGCGGUGGGCGGGACCCACAGACAGACAGACACACGAGCAGCAGGUCUGAUUCGGUCUUGAAUGAUUGUAUUCUCACGAGAGGAUCAGAGUCCAGGGACUUUAAGAAGGUCAGCAGGGGUGUGUGGCUCGGCUGCUUGUGUCAGCAGGAGAGGCAGGAGAGGUUCACGGACUGCACGGCUCGAUUGGAAAUGGAAAAGAAGGAGAAAAAGAUGUUAGAGAGGCGUGCCGUUGAGUUAGAAGAGGAGUUGAAGGUUUUAGGGGAUCUGAGAGCCGACAACCAGAGGCUGAAGGACGAGAACGGCGCGCUCAUCAGAGUCAUCAGCAAACUCUCCAAAUAGAGCGAGAGGACCGAGAGAGAGAAAGAGAAACCGUACCACCCCAACAUCCUUCAGAGAGCCAAAGAAGGGAAAAGAGGAGGAGAGGAACUUCAGACGCGAGGAGCAAUGUCACUGUUUUAUGAUGGCUCGCAGUCAGCCCUGAUCUUUUACCUUCCUGUGUGCGUGUGCUGUGUUUGAACUUCAUCCGUGUUCUCAGCGAGGAGACAACGGAGCUUCAGAUUUCCCUAUUUCUCUCUCUCUCUUACACACACACACACACUCGUAUAGGGACGCAUGCACAUUCCCAUAAGCGUGAGCGCACACACUCCACACACAUUCCACGAGUCUCAGGCAGCUGAAGUCUGCAGUAUUUUUGCAUCUUUGCACACACACACACACGAUUGAGAGGUUUAACCCUAGACUCCACUAAAGGUGGUCUGAAUAUGUCACUCGAAUCCAUCGACUCCAGAAUCCAGCGCGACAAUCAUUCAUUGACAUCGAUUUGCCGAAAACACGCCAGGCUGUCGUUUCACAGCCAGUUAUAUGCCAUGCAUCUUUUUUUUUAAAGCGACACUUACGGCGAGCCAUGAGGAAAUGUCUAUUUUUGUGGUUUUUACCCUUGUUUGAAUCAUCCGUGUUCCCGGCGUAUUCUGAAGCGAGGGCGACGGCUUUUGUUUAUUGUGUAAAUGUACAAAUAUUAUGCAUUUGAACUCAUAACGCUAUAAACUGUUACUUGAUAUCAGCAUAUUUUUCUCCACGUGUUGGUUUUCUAAUAUAUUGAAUGAAUGUUGGCACUUAAUAAAAUAUGUGUGUUUGUA